GUCUUCCUUUCCCCAUCCCAUUCCGCCACCUCCCUUUCUUCCCCCACUGCCUUGUUAUAACCCCGCCUUGGUAACGGCCUCAAGCUCCUCACCUCCCUCUUUCCCGAACUCCGAGGAGCAGUUGUCUGUGAUACAGAGAGACAGAGAGAGAGAGAGACGAAGGACGAGAGGAAAAGUCCUCCUUUUUCCUACGAAUGAAGCACUCGAAGCCACUCACCGACCCCCCACAGCAACAGCAGCAGCCCGCAGCCCAUCGCCACUUCGCUUUGGUUUCCAAACCCCUCCUUGACUCCUCUACCCACGUCGACACUAACAACAACGCCUUUGCGCCCAGUCUCUUCUACGAGCCCACCUCCGUCCUCGACGCCCACCUCAGCUCCAGCCCCGCAACCGCCCCCGCUCCGGCCGGAGCCGGCGACCUCCCCCUCCUUUCCUGGGCUGGCGGCGGCGGCGGCGGCAGCGACGCCCACUACCAACAUCACCACCACCUCCCCGCCUCCGACGACUGGGACAGUGCCUCCUGGUUCCUUUCCGAAAGGUACGACCUUUCCCCCUUUCCCGACGACACCAACCACCCCUUCCUUGACUCCUCCUUCGAUGUCCACUUCGAUCCUUUCGCUGCCACAGCCGCCGAUCCCAUCCCCUCGCCCGCCCCCUCCUUCGACCGCUCCCAGCUUGACUCGCUCAUCCGCGCCGCCCAUUGUGUGGAAUCCAGGGACUUUGCCACGGCACACGUGAUAUUGUCGCGGCUCAAUCACCACAUCCCCUCGGCCGCGGUCUCCUCGUUCCAUAGAGCCCUCUCUCUCUUCAAGGAGGCGCUCUUGGCCUUGCUCCGCCCCUCCACCGCCGAGCCCCCGCUAUCCGCCGCCGAGCUCGUACGCCAUAUCGCCGCCCACAAGGCCUUCGCGGACCUCUCCCCUGUCCCCCACUUCGGCACCUUCACCGUCACCCAGACCCUGAUCGAGGCGCUCGACGGCGGCACCCGAUCCAUCCACCUCAUUGACUUCGACCUCGGCCUCGGCGGCCAGUGGUCGUCCUUCGCGCAGGAGCUCGCGGCGCGGUGCCGCGCAUCUCGCUCCUCUCCGCCGGCCGUGCGGAUCACUGCUGUCGUCGCGGAGGAGUCCGGGGAGACAGCCCUAGCCGCGGAGAACCUCCGCGACUUCGCCCGCAGCCUCAGCAUCAGCUUCGCCGUUAACUUCGUGCGCAUUGGCGGCCUCGGGACUCUCGCCCUCAGCGGGAUCCGCCUCGCCGGCGCCGGGGAGCCGACGGCCGUCGUCCUCACGCCCUCCGUCUUCCGCAUCCUCGGCCGCGACGCCGCGCCGGAGUCCACCGCCUCCCUCCUCCGUUUCAUCCGCCGGGCUUCCCCGCGGGUGGUUUUGUUCGUCGACGCGGAGGGCGGCUCCGCUGGGUCUGCCGUCGGCCCCCACCCCGCACCAUCGCUGCGGCGGACCGUGGCGGCCGGGGUGGAGCACUUCGCGGCAGUUCUGGAGUCGGUGGAGGCGACUGCGGCGGCGACAGGGGCCGGGGAGGAGGCCGUCCGGCGGAUCGAGCGGGCGGUGGUCCGUCCGUUAGUGGUGGGCACGGUGGGGGGAUGGGCGGGGCGGCCGGGCCCGUGGCGGGAGGUGUUCGCCGGGGCGGGGUGGUCGCCCGCCCCCUUCAGCGAGUCCACCGAGUCGCAGGCCGAGUGGCUCGUCCUGCGGGCCCCCGUCGAAGGCUAUCGUGUGUCGAGGAUGGACGGGGCCCUCGUGUUGAGCUGGAGGGGGAGAGAGCUGUCCUCCACGUCAGCAUGGAGGUGCUGAAUCGGGCGGUCCCCGUCUCCGCUGCUUCCGCUGGCGUCCUCCCUGUCCUCCUCGUGGGUCGAUGGCAUGAAUUAUUACGUUUGCCCUCUCUUGUCGUUGUGCUCCUCUCGUUGUCCACUUCCAUUUGAUUUCCUUCUCCCUUAAAUAUAGCAGCUGACAUGGCUUACAAACUAGACUGCGGUGGGACCGAAUAGCCGUCCCGUAAACCUGUGAGAUGGUAUCUCAUGUGUCUCCUAGUUUUUAUUUCAGACCAGGAAAAUGUAACAGCUGACUUGUUAAUUAAUUAUGAUGAUUAGCUGCGACCGCUAAA